UUCCUAAUAGCAAGUUAUUGCUAUUAAAGUUCCAGCUGGAAACGUCAGCAGAGCAAUUCAUUUGUCACAUCUCAUCAAAUCUUCUACAUCAAGCUACAUCAUGUUAAUAAAGAACAUUCUGCUGUUGUCUCUUCAGAUAAGUCUCCUAGGAAACACUCUUGGUGGGAACAUUCUGAUUUGGCCAAUGGAAGGUAGUCAUUGGCUAAAUAUUAAGAUAAUUAUAGAUGAGUUGAUUAAAAAAGAGCAUAAUGUGACUGUCCUAGUUGCUUCUGGUGCACUUUUCAUCACGCCCACCUAUAACUCAUCUCUGACAUUUGAAAUAUACAAGGUGCCCUUUGGCAAAGAAAAAAUAGAAGGAAUAAUUAAGAACUUUGUUUUGACAUGGAUGGAAAAUAGACCAUCUCCUUCAACCAUUUGGAGAUUCUAUCAAGAGAUGACCAAAGUCAUCAAGGACUUCCACAUGCUGUCUAGAGAAAUCUGUGAUGGUGUCCUCAAAAACCAAAAGCUGAUGGAGAAGCUGAACAAAAGCAAAUUUGAGGUUCUGGUGUCAGACCCAGUAUUCCCGUGUGGUGAUAUAGUAGCUUUAAAACUGGGGAUUCCAUUUAUUUACUCCUUGAGGUUUUCUCCAGCAUCAACCGUGGAAAAACACUGCGGGAAGGUACCAUACCCUCCUUCCUACGUUCCUGCUAUUUUAUCAGAACUCGCCGAUCAUAUGUCUUUUACUGACAGAAUAAGAAAUUUCAUCUCCUACCACCUACAGGACUACAUCUUUGAUACUCUUUGGAAAUCAUGGGAUUCCUAUUAUAGUAAAGCUUUGGGAAGACCCACCACAUUAUGUGAGACUAUGGGCAAAGCAGAAAUUUGGCUAAUGAGGACGUAUUGGGAUUUUGAAUUUCCUCGUCCAUACUUACCUAAUUUUGAGUUUGUAGGAGGAUUGCAUUGUAAACCUGCCAAACCACUACCUAAGGAAAUGGAAGAAUUUGUCCAAAGUUCAGGUGAAUAUGGCAUUGUGGUGUUUUCUCUGGGGUCAAUGGUCAAAAACCUCACAGAAGAAAAAGCCAAUCUCAUUGCCUCAGCGCUCGCCCAGAUUCCACAGAAGGUUUUAUGGAGAUACAAAGGAAAGAAACCAGCCACAUUAGGAGCCAAUACUCGGCUCUAUGACUGGAUACCCCAGAAUGACCUUCUUGGUCACCCCAAAGCAAAAGCUUUUAUCACUCAUGGUGGAACCAAUGGGAUCUAUGAAGCUAUUUAUCAUGGAGUCCCUAUGGUGGGAGUUCCCAUGUUUGCUGAUCAGCCUGAUAACAUUGCUCACAUGAAGGCCAAAGGAGCGGCUGUGGAGGUGAACAUAAACACAAUGACCAGUGCAGAUUUACUCAACGCCUUAAGAACAGUCAUUAACGAACCUUCCUAUAAAGAGAAUGCUAUGAGGUUAUCAAGGAUUCACCAUGAUCAACCUGUGAAGCCCCUGGAUCGAGCAGUCUUCUGGAUCGAGUUUGUCAUGCGCCACAAAGGAGCGAAACACCUGCGGCCAGCUGCUCACAACCUCACCUGGUUUCAGUACCACUCUUUGGAUGUGAUUGGAUUCCUGCUGGCCUGUGUGGCAACUGCUAUAUUUUUGGUCACAAAAUGUUGUUUAUUUUCUUGUCAAAAAUUUGGUAAAACAGGAAAGAAAAAAAAGAGGGACUAGCUCUUUCUAAGUGUGGUCAAGGCCUGAAUGGGCAAUCCUGUUUAGUUAAACCACAGUGACCGUAAUGAAAACACAUAAUCUUCAUCCUGUUUUCAAAAUUCCCAUUCUUCUACCUUAGCCUACAGAUAAAGCCUAGAAUUCAACAACACCAUUAACUAGUGAGCAUGUCCUAUUCUUUCUUUGUCUUUUCCCGGGUGGCUUUACCCUGUUUCUUCCACUUUUCUGACACAGGGACAUUAUGUAUAAUAUCAAAAUUUUCUUUAUGUUUAACCUGAAGUUUCUUUAUGCUGGCAAUAUGCUAAAUUCUGGGGAGCACACAAAAUGUGAGCUGAAUUUGAUGGAUGUAAGGAACAUGGAAGAAUGAAAUUUACAAGUUCCCCUAGAACAUACAGAUGAGGGAAACAUCACAGAAGAUUAGCAUAUUUUAAGAAUAGUAUUGAUUUCUUUCUGAAUAAAAAUAAGCUCUUCUACUUGCCCAGUGUUACUGGGGUCAGAGCAUGCAUUGAUAAUUACUGUGAUGGCACAUCACACUAGGAAUAAUACACACUUCCAUUAAACAAGUAGAUAAUCAUGACUUAAGUUCUACCUUUAGUCAACAAGUAUUCUAGGGUGCCCUUUCAAGUAGGGGUCUGGGUACUUCAAACAAAAAAAGAGCAUUCAAACAAAAAAAAAUCAAUUGAGUCAUUAUUUUUUAUCAAGGACAGAGAAUGUAGCAACAAGUUAAAGGUGAACAGAUCAUUUUUAGGAGAAAUAAUAAGAAAUAUUAAUAAAAAAACUUUUAGUAAUUUUAUUAAAUUUUUAAUUAAUAGUACAAUUAAUAACUUUAAAGUUAAAUGUCAAUUCAUUAUAUUUAAAAUCACUAAUGUUCAUAAUCUAUUAUCACUAUUUAUAAUCAAAGGUUUAGUUUUCAGUCAAAACAAAUAUUUACUUGGACUAUAAGAACAUUAUAUUAUUUUUUAGGCUCUACCUUCUACAAAUUUAAAUUCAUCAAUUAAUUGUUAUGCAAUAAGAGAAUAGCAGACCUCCUUGACCAAAAAUAUGUUAUAGUAAAUAUUUAUCAAUGCAAAAACAAAAACAAAAACAAAAACAAAACCUAAAGGCAAAUGUUCACAUUUGAAUCAGUUUUGUAUUAAUUUAACUAAUAAAGACUGAACUUUCUUUUUUUUAAAGAUUUUAUUGGGGAAUUGGGGGAGGGGAACAGUG